GGUGUCGUGUAUGAUGCACUAAUGCUGAAGCACCAGUGUAUGUGCGGCAGUUACACCAAUCAUCCUGAGCAUGCCGGAAGGAUACAGAGCAUCUGGUCAAGGCUGCAAGAAAGUGGGUUGCUAAAUAAGUGUGAGCGGAUCCGAGGUCGAAAAGCCAGUCUGGAAGAAAUACAGCUGGUUCACUCCGAACAUCAUUCACUGCUGUAUGGCACCAGCCCCCUGAACAGACAGAAGCUGGACCCCAGGAAAAUCCCAGGUCUUGUGUCCCAAAAGCUCUUUUCAUUGCUCCCCUGUGGGGGUCUUGGGGUGGACAGUGACACCAUUUGGAAUGAGCUGCAUUCGUCCGGUGCUGCACGCAUGGCUGUUGGCUGUGUCAUCGAAUUGGCUUCCAAAGUGGCCUCGGGGGAGCUGAAGAAUGGUUUUGCUGUUGUAAGGCCCCCAGGCCAUCAUGCUGAAGAGUCAACAGCCAUGGGGUUCUGCUUUUUUAAUUCGGUUGCAAUUACUGCCAAAUACUUGAGAGACAAGCUAAAUAUAGGCAAGAUAUUGAUUGUAGAUCUGGAUGUUCACCAUGGCAACGGUACACAGCAGGCUUUUUAUGCUGACCCCAGCAUCCUGUAUGUCUCCCUCCAUCGUUAUGAUGAAGGCAACUUCUUCCCUGGCAGCGGAGCCCCAAAUGAGGUUGGAAGUGGCCCUGGUGAAGGUUAUAAUAUAAAUAUUGCUUGGACAGGUGGCCUGGAUCCCCCCAUGGGAGAUGCAGAGUACCUCGCAGCGUACAGGACUGUGAUUAUGCCAAUUGCCUCUGAGUUCGAGCCAGAUGUUGUCCUGGUAUCAGCUGGUUUUGAUGCUGUGGAAGGCCACAACCCUCCUCUAGGUGGAUACAAAGUGACAGCUAAAUGUUUUGGUCACCUCAUCAAACAGUUGCUGACACUAGCGGAUGGGCGCAUGGUGCUGGCCCUGGAGGGAGGACAUGACCUUACUGCCAUCUGCGAUGCAUCAGAAGCCUGCCUAAAUGCUCUGCUAGGAAAUGAGCUGGAGCCUCUCUCCAAAGAUAUCCUCCAUCAAACCCCUAAUGCAAAUGCAACACUUUCUUUGCAAAAGACUACCGAAAUCCACAGCAAGUACUGGAAGUCUGUGAAGCCUUAUGUGGUGCCAGUUAGCUGUAAGCUGGCUGAGACUCAGAAACAAGAGAGAGAGGAGACAGAGGCAGUGUCAGCCAUGGCCUUACUCUCAGUGGACGUUGAGCAGUCUUUUCCACAAGAACAUGGCAGCCUCCAGGAGCGCAACGCCGCGCUCAAGAGACCCCCACUGGACCCAAGAGCUCCGAGUAGCACGACAAACGCCGCGGAAGGAGCAAAAGCAGCGCGACCGAGGCGGGAUGCCGAAGACCGAGCGGCGUGCCCCGCACACGAGAUUCCGGAGCCGUCCCGCCGCGGCCGGUCGGGGAAGCGUCUUGCCGCGUGCAGUGGGUUCUUCGCACAGAAAAGCCCGCACAGUUGGCCAAGGGGAGGUGUGCGGGGGAGGGGGCGAAGUGGGGAGCUCCUGAUUCAGGGUUGGAUUUCCUUUCAAGCCAGCCGCCCCUCCCCCGGCCCUCUCCCUGGCAAGAACGAGGAAGGCGGCGCUCGGCAGCAAGAAACGAGCCCGCCGACCCAGCGCCAACAUCUGCUCUGCAUCCGACUCCUUCGGAUACCUGCUUAA